AUGGCUGGCCCACGCAUUGUAAACACUCCGAACCAUGGCGUCUACCCGGGAGAGAGACAGGAUCCUCUUCAAAUCGUUAUAUAUGACGACGCUUGGUCUAGAUCAAGCCGCGCGAGUGCUAGAUACCGCCAAACCGUCUAUAAUGUGAAAUACAACGGUGUUCGGCCUUUUGGGAAACCGCGGCCUGGAGACAUCUUCAUCGCUAACUGCGAUGUCAAACAAGAUCGAGCGCAUGGCUUCAUGCUGCUAGUAAAAGGUGAAGAAAUCGUCUUGCAACGAUAUUCACCCCUUGAGACUUUCUGCUGGGCCAGAGCCAAACGAUCUGGAAGGAGUGGCAAAGUUCUCUGCAGUAGUCUGAGUCGUGUCGACUUUAGGCUCGGACAGGAAUACCCAUGUGUAAAAACGAAGUGGAUUAAUCCGCAUUACUAUAUGGAGAUGGAGUGUGCUCGACAGGCUGCUCGUACACUGUUCAUCCUUACGAUGCGCCAGGCACAAGCACACGGCCUAGAAGAUGUAUAUGUGGAGUGCCAAAGUUUUCCUACGGUAGAGGAGCUGAACACAAAGGACCAUCUGACGCGGCUUGUUUUGGGGAUGAACAGGAGAUUGCGAGCAGAGCAAGACGCAUAUCUCCGCCUCCAAAGCAUGUUGAUACCUGGCAUCAGAGUACAGUUCCAGCGGGCAUUCACCAAGCUAGGAUGGAAAAUAGCCGACUUCAGACUGUACGACCGCUUUGUACAGUGCGUAUACCAGUUCUUGUCCUCCCUACACAGCCCUAUCCCCUUCGUUGGCCAAGACGAAGAGUGCGUCAAAAAACGAUUCAAAUCUCUUUGGUGUACUGUGGUUGCCGGUGUAAACAACCUGGACUACUCCUACGUUGUGGAGGACACCGCCCAUGUAUGGAACGGGCUUAAGAUUCUUGAACGGGAUACUGAUAAUGGCCUUCCAUCAAGUACCUUUUUUCCGGAAAAAGUUCCAUGCAAUACCCCUGUCGAGGGAGUCAUUGAAGAAAACAAUGAAGAGAGCACCACGGAGGACACCCCACUGCCCUCACCUACCAGUGAAUACACCUCCGGCGAGGGCGCGGACGACGAGGGCGAGGAUUAG